AACUCUUUAUCAAUCAAAAUUAUAUAAUUCGUAAUAUGUCGAAGAGUGGCUCAUAAUUGAAAGUUGUUAUCCGAAUGUAAGUUAGAAUAAGCGUUAUAUUGAUUCAAUCGGGUCGGGUCGCACCAAUGACUAUCAUCAUAAUUCACACCAGUAUAAUGCAAAUUGAUUAAUUUCAAACAUGAGGUUUCAACACUGUGGAUAACUAACCAUUCACUGUGGAUAUGAAACAUCAAGACUAAAAAGAGAAAACUGCAAGUGACAGUAAGUUCUUACGGCUGGUGAGUAGGGGAUGAUGAUAAGUGAAUUUUAAAGUUUUUUUAGCGCUUAAUGUUUUAUUUCGCAGCCACAGUUUGAUUGAUUUCGUUUAAUGAAUGGGGAUUGUGGUGGAUUGGAAUGGUUUAUGAAAAAUUUAUAUAUAUAAACGUGAAUAAUAUCCCUGCUACCUGUUUGGAAAUGAUUUAGAGUGUUGUGACUGAAAUUAGAUAAAUAUUAGAUCAUGACUAAGUUAGAUAUCGAAUCAAUUGCUAUAAUCGGAGCAGGACCAGGAGGACUUGCAUCCUUGUAUGAAUUUCUUCAUACCAAUCAGGAUGGUACAUCAACUGUUGGUGAACAUCAAUCCACCAAUCCCAAAUUCAAAAAGAUUGUCGCCUUUGAACAAAAGGAUAAAGCAGGUGGGAUUUGGUCUGCUCAACCUACUUUUGAACCAGAUUUAGCUAUUCCACCUCAAGAUUUAUUAGAUACUGAAAAGUAUAAUGAUCCAAGUGUUAUUCAUCCUUUACCUAAGAUUCCAACUGGAUUGGAACAUGCAACGUUUGAAAAACCAGUGGAAGUCAAGGAAGAUAAAUUAUCUAACGAGUUAGAAUGGAAAGCUUCUGGUAUUUUCCCUGAUUUAUUCACUAAUAUUCCUUCAAGAUUCACAAGAUUUUCUUAUCUUGACAAUGAACCAGAAUAUCUUGAUGAAAAAAGAAUCAUCUAUCCAUUUUUACACCAUCAAGAACAAACUGGUAGAUUAGAAAAAUUUAUCAAGAAUGAGAAAUUAUAUGAUCAUAUUAGAGUCAAUUCUACCGUUGAACAAGCUACCAAGACUUCAGAUGGGAAAUGGUUAUUAACUGUUAGACAAAAGGAUACCACUAACCAUAAAGAACAUUGGUAUACUGAGAAAUUUGAUGCUAUUGUGAUCUCCAAUGGUCAUUAUACUGUUCCUAACAUCCCCCAUAUUGAUGGAUUGGCCCAAUUCAAUAAAAACUUUCCUGGAGUCUUAAAUCAUACCAAAAAUUACAGAAAUCAAGAUGAAUAUAAAGAUAAGAAGGUUUUAAUUGUAGGAGGUAGUAUCAGUACUGUUAAUAUCUUACAGUAUGUGGUUCCAGUUGCUAAACAAGUGAUUAAUUCAAAGAGAGGUCCUCAUUAUGUGUUUGAAUGGAUUAAUGACGGUUUAGUUUCGAAAGGUAUUGAGCCUAAGGGUACUAUUAAAAAAAUUGAUCCAGUUUCUGGAGAAUUCUUCUUUGAAGAUGGUAGUUCAGAACAGGGAUUUGAUAAAAUUAUUUUAACUACUGGUUAUCAUUACCAUUAUCCAUUUUUAAAUCAUGAAGAUGGUGGUGUGAAAGUUAUUAAUCCAUCUAAUCUUUCCAGAGUUGGUGGUCUUUAUUAUGAUACUUUUUCAGUUGAAGAUCCAACUUUAGCUACCGUUGGUGUUGCUGUCUCUCCAUUGAAUUUCCAUACCAUCGAAGCAAGUGCCGCUGCUGUUGCUGGUGUUUGGUCAGGUAAGAAAACUUUACCUACCAAGCAAGAACAAUUACAAUGGGAACAAGUUCAAAUUAAGAAGACGGCCGAUAAUUUAUUCUUCCAUUAUUAUACUCAUAAAAAGAAGGAUGAACCUCAUCUUGUUGAAAUUGAACUUGGAGUAAAUAAUCUUGAAAAGUUAUACUACGGCUUGAAAGAUGGAACUUUACCCAAGAGUAAGACUGUUUUACAAUCUUAG